AUGGGAGCUCCUCCACCCAAGGCCAGGGGGCUCUGGAUCCAACUCCAGAAACUUCUGACCUCCUGGCUGGUGGGACAACAAGACUGGGAUCAGCGUCUGGACGAGGCCUACAUGCUGCAACAGAAGAGGAUUCGAGAGUCUCCUCUGCUUCGGGCAGCCAAGGAUAAUGACCUAUGUGUCCUGAAGAAACUCCUGCUGGACCGAACCUGUGACUUUCGUCAACGAGGAGCCCUGGGGGAGACGGCACUGCACGUGGCUGCCCUCUAUGACAAUCUGGAGGCUGCCACAGUGCUGAUGGAGGCUGCCCCGGAGCUGGUCAAGGAGCCCACCAUCUUUGAGCCAUUUGUAGGUCAGACGGCACUGCACAUAGCUGUCAUGAACCAGAACGUGAACUUGGUGAAAGCCCUGCUUGACCACGGGGCUAGUGUCUCUGCAAGGGCUGUAGGCUCAGUCUUCCGCCUCAGUCCUCACAACCUCCUCUACUUUGGAGAGCACCCCUUGUCCUUUGCCGCCUGUGUGGGCAGCGAGGAGAUUGUGAGGCUGCUCCUCGAGCAUGGAGCCGACAUCCGGGCCCAGGACUCCCUGGGAAACACAGUGUUGCACAUCCUCGUCCUCCAGCCCAACAAAACUUUUGCCUGCCAGAUGUACAACCUGCUGCUGUCCUACGAUGGGCGUGGGAACCACCUGCAGUCCCUGGACCUCGUGCCCAAUCACCAGGGUCUUACCCCCUUCAAGCUGGCUGGCGUGGAGGGCAACACCGUGGUGUUCCAGCACCUGAUGCAGAAGCGGAAGCACAUCCAGUGGGUGUGUGGGCCGCUGACCUCCACUCUCUAUGACCUCACGGAGAUCGACUCCUGGGGAGAGGAUGUCUCCUUUCUAGAGCUUGUGGUCUCCUCCAAGAAGCGAGAGGCUCGCCAGAUCCUGGAGCAGACCCCAGUGAAGCAGCUGGUGAGCUUCAAGUGGAGGAAGUACGGGCGGCCGUACUUCUGCAUCCUGGGGGCCUUGUACGUGCUCUAUAUGAUCUGUUUCACCAUGUGCUGCAUCCACCGUCCUCUCAAGUACCGUAGCGGCAACCGCACAGACUCCCGAGACAUCACCAUCCUCCAGCAGAAGCUGUUCCAGGAGGCCUAUGUGACUCAACAGGAUAAAAUUCGUCUGGUGGGGGAGCUGAUGACCAUCUUCGGGGCUGUGAUCAUCCUAUUCCUAGAGAUCCCAGACAUCUUCAGGGUUGGUUUCUCUCGCUAUUUUGGACAGACUGUCCUCGGGGGGCCAUUCCAUGUCAUCACCAUCACCUACGCCUCCCUGGUGCUGGUGACCAUGGUGAUGCGGCUUUCCAAUACCAACGGGGAGGUAGUGCCCAUGUCCUCCGCCUUGGUGCUGGGCUGGUGCAGUGUUAUGUAUUUUGCUCGAGGAUUCCAGAUGCUGGGUCCCUUCACCAUCAUGAUCCAGAAGAUGAUUUUCGGAGACCUAUUGCGUUUCUGCUGGCUGAUGGCUGUGGUUAUUGUGGGAUUUGCCUCAGCGUUCUUUGUCAUUUUCCAGACAGAGGACCCAUCCAAUCUGGGGCAGUUCUAUGACUACCCCAUGGCGCUGUUCAGCACCUUCGAGCUCUUCCUCACCAUCAUCGAUGGGCCCGCCAACUACGACGUGAACUUGCCCUUCAUGUUCAGCAUCGUCUACUUUGCCUUCGCCAUCAUCGCCACGCUCCUUAUGCUCAACCUGUUCAUCGCCAUGAUGGGUGACACUCACUGGCGGGUGGCCCAUGAACAGGACGAGCUCUGGAGGGCCCAGGUCGUGGCCACCACAGUAAUGCUGGAGAGGAAGCUGCCUCGCACCCUGUGGCCUCGCUCCGGUAUCUGUGGGUACAAGUACGGGCUGGGGGAUCGCUGGUUCCUGCGAGUUGAGACCAACCAAGAUCAGAAUACUUUGCGAGUACGUCGCUAUGUGGAAGCUUUCAAGGGCUCAGACAAGGAUGAAGAACACGAGCAUCUUUCGGAGAAACAGCCCUCAGUGGUUGAAAGUGGGAUUCUAGCCAGAGCCUCCCUGGCCCUCCCAACUCCCUCCCUGUCCCGGACCACAUCUCGAAGCAGCAGCCACCGAGGCUGGGAGAUUAUUCGUCGCAAUGCCCUGGGACACGUGAAUCAUGGACUGGACCUUGGGGAAGGGGAUGGAGAGGAAAGUGUCUAUCAUUUAUAA